GCCAACGAGCGCGUGAUUGUACCGAGCCACUGAACACGUCAUGUUCCCCAGGGGCGGGGUUAGGGGGCGGGGCUACGCGCAGGAAGACUGCGGUUUUUGGUGACAGCUCAGAUGUUCUUCGUGGAAAGUUCAGAAAGCGACAGUGUUUCUUGCGCGAGUUAAAUACUACUUCUUCGCAUCCAUGUCUCGGAAUCCGUCUGUCCGGCUUCGGGGGUAUAGCUGGCCCUGUGUUUGCUGAACGCACUGGUUAUGGAGCAGCACGUUAGUGAUGAUGAAUCGCCUGUAGUUCGUCGAGGUGACACCCGGAGGAGGAGGAGAAAAAUGAAAGCGUUUACAUCAAACUCAUCCACAGCAAUGGAUCAUUUAGCGUUGGAGUUUGUGCUUCCUACAACUAACAAGACGACCAAAAACCCGGACACACUGCAGUUGGAUGUGAUCGGGAACUGGACAGUAGAGCAGGUGAAAGCCCAGCUGUGGCUGAGGGCAGUCACAACCAACGUGUGCCCAGAGUUCUACCAGAAAUACUCCCCAGACCACUGCAUCCUGCUCUACCAAAAGAAAGGGAGCUGGUAUGAGAUCUACGAUAAGCACCAGGUGUUUCAGACCCUUGACUGCAUUCGCUACUGGAAAGCUCUUAAAAAGGAGGUUGGGAAAAUCUACCUGGUUCUGAGGCCACAACCCUCUGAAGAAUCCAUCCAGUACCAGAAAUUCCUAAAUCAUCUAAUAGGUUAUGAUGUCACAGAUGUCAGCAAUGUUCAUGACGAUGAGCUGGAGUUCACAAGGAGGAAGUUGCUUACAACCAGAAAAAUUGAACUGGCUGACCGAGAUCCCAAACUUUACUCGAUGGACCCCUGGAUAACCACCAAACCCUUACCCGAUUACAUGCUGAGUAAGGUCGCCAACAACAACAUUCUAAUUGUGAUACACAAAGAUACCUCAAGUCAGACAAUAAAGGUGUCAAUUGACGACACACCUUUUCAGGUUCUUCAGAGUUUCUUCAUAAAGACUACCAACAAGAGGGCACUGCUCGGCAUACCAGAGGACGCAGACGAAUCCGAUUUUGUUCUGAGGGUUUGUGGAAGAGACGAAUAUCUUUUUGGAAACUAUCCCAUCAAAGACUUCCAUUGGAUCAGACAGUCACUCAAAACAGGAGAAGAGAUCCAUUUGGUGCUUGAAUCCCCACCAGACCCUGAACAAGAUGUGGUCCAAAAGGAGGAUUGGUCACAGGUGGACGACUGCACUGGUGUGGCCGGCACACACGAGCAAUUGACUAUUAAUGAGAAAGACCACGAGAAGGUGUUCACCGUCUCGCUCUGGGACUGCAACCGCAAGUUCAGAGUCAAAAUUCUGGGGAUUGAUAUACCGGUCCUGCCUCGUAAUUCAGAUCUGAUCAUCUUUGUGGAGGCCAGCAUUUUCCACGGGCAGCAGCUGCUAGCUCAGGAGAGGACAUCCUCGAAGCCGUUCACCGAAGAAGUGCUGUGGAAUACCUGGCUUGACUUCAACAUUAAGAUAAAAGAUUUACCCAAAGGCGCCCGGCUGAAUCUGCAGGUGUCAUGUGGUAAAGCCCAAACGCAGACCUCGAAAGACAGCGCUUCUCACGACUGCAAGAACAAGAACCGCCUGCUCUACUACGUAAACCUGUUAGUGGUGGACCAUCGGUCUUUACUCAGACAGGGUGAGUUCAUCCUUCACAUGUGGAAGAUGCCUGAGAAAAGUGAGGAUAACAGUAGCGUUAAUGCAGAUAAACUCACUUCUGCCACCAAUCCAGACAAAACAAGUUCCAUGGCAAUUGCAGUGCUACUGGACAAGUACUGCUACCCAGUCGCUUUGCCUAAGAGCAGGGAUUCUCGAGAUGCACCAGAAACGGAAGGAGAGAGGGGGAAAAGAGAGAUGCCUAACCAUUUGCGAAAGCAGUUUGAUCAAAUCGUGGCCACCGACCCUCUGCAUCCACUCAGCGUGGAAGAUAAGGAACUCCUCUGGCAUUUCGGACAUGAGUGUGUGCGGCAUCCUGCGGCCUACCCUAAGUUUCUUGGCUCUGUGAAAUGGGGAAAACAGGAAGCCGUCAUGGCCACACACCGCCUUUUAGAGAGAAGCACCGCAUGGGACCAGAGCCCUCUAGACGUGGGGUUAGCUAUGCAGCUAUUGGACUGCCACUUUUCUGAUGCAAACGUGCGUACUAUGGCUGUCAGGAAGUUGGAGACUCUUGGUGACGACGAUGUCCUUCGGUACCUUCUGCAGCUGGUUCAGGCCGUGAAGUUUGAACCCUAUCAUGACAGUGCACUCGCCAGGUUCCUCCUUAAGCGUGCUCUCAGGAGCAAACGAAUUGGCCAUUUCCUGUUCUGGUUCUUACGGAGUGAGAUAGCUCAGUCCAUGCACUACCAACAGAGGUAUGCGGUUAUUUUAGAGGCCUACCUACGUGGCUGUGGAGAUGAGAUGCUCCAGGACUUCAGGAAGCAGGUGGAAAUUACUGAGGCACUACAGAAGGUCACCCGUGAGGUCAAAGCCAUAUCUGCUGAGAAAUAUGAUGUGUCCGCACAAGUUGUUUUUCAGAUGCGCCAGAAACUGGAGAGUCUGCAAAUGCAGGGUUUGCCUGAGAGCUUUAAAGUACCAUAUGAUCCUGGCCUGCGAGCGGGGUCAAUGGUGAUUGAGCAAUGCAAAGUAAUGGCAUCCAAAAAGAAACCCUUGUGGCUGCAGUUUAAGCGAGCCGACCCCACCACUUUGUCGAGCGAUACCAUCGGGAUCAUUUUCAAGGAUGGAGACGACCUUCGUCAGGACAUGUUAAUUCUACAGAUUUUGUUGAUCAUGGAGUCUAUAUGGGAGACUGAAUCACUAGAUCUGUCCUUACUGCCUUAUGGUUGUAUUUCCACUGGAAAUAAAAUCGGAAUGAUUGAGAUAGUGAAGGAUGCUACUACCAUUGCGAACAUCCAGCAGAGCACUGUGGGGAACACUGGGGCUUUUAAAGAUGAAAUCCUGAACCAAUGGCUCCGAGACAAAUGUCUGAAUGAGGACAAGUAUCAGCAGGCAGUGGAGCGCUUUGUGUAUUCCUGUGGCGGUUACUGUGUAGCAACCUACGUCCUGGGGAUUGGUGAUCGCCAUAACGACAACAUCAUGAUCACCGAAUCUGGUAACCUUUUCCACAUUGACUUUGGACACAUUCUUGGAAACUACAAGAGCUUUCUGGGUAUAACCAAGGAGAGGGUCCCUUUUGUUUUAACACCUGACUUCCUCUAUGUAAUGAGCACAACAGGAAAGAAGACAAGCCAAAAUUUCCUCCUGUUCCAGAACAUCUGCGUGAAGGCCUACCUGGCUCUGCGUCAUCACACCAACUUGCUUAUCAUCUUGUUCUCAAUGAUGCUGAUGACUGGCAUGCCCCAGCUGACCAGCAAGGAGGACAUAGAGUACAUUCGGGAGGCGCUGACUGUCGGGUGCACAGAAGAUGUGGCUCAGAGACACUUUUUGGAUCAGAUUGAAAUCUGCCGGGACAAGGGCUGGACGGUGCAGUUCAACUGGUUUCUACACUUGGUACUUGGCAUCAAACAAGGUGUGGAAAAACGAUCAGCAUAAGCUGAGUAUUGUGGAACGACACCACUAAACAGUGUUUCCAAAGAGUAUUUUAUCGGCAAAUUCUUCUUUAUUUUCAUUUGCUUCGACAUUCACUUGCCUGACAGAGUUUGUGUCACUUAUCCUUUACAAAAGCACAAUGAACGUCAAUUGAAUGGAGGUUGGUUUAGUAUAAAUGCGUAGCAUUGCCACCUCUUGCUUCCUGAUAUCUGAUACUUCAAGUGGCAUCUCAGACUAUUAACUCUGAUGACUCAUCCCAAGUUUGUUUUCAUGUCAAUUUUUAUUAUACGAAAAAUGAAGUGUAUGCAUUGUUCAUUUAACACGAGGCACAUGUGACCAUUAAAAUAAGCUUGAUAAGAGGCUCUCACUUUCAAACGAUGACCUUUUACGUGAAAUAAUGCCGAUGAGCUCACACCGAACGUCGCCAGUUCAGGGCUCGACGUUCUCGGAGCCAAAGUGCUUUCAAGAUGUUAAGUUUGGUUAACUUAAACGUUCAAUUUUAUUGACGUCUAAACAAAACGUGUGCCUUUGGAGAUGGGGUUGGACUUUUAAAAUUGUAUGUGCAAAUGCACGAAGGUAUGGUUAUGUAAAGAGUCGGGGACCGCCAGUUUCAGUUUCCUUUUGGAAGCUCUCGUUUCCUAGCUGAGAACUAAUAACACCACCUCAUGAGCUCAAGUGUAGCGUAUAAAAGACUGCCAGACCGCUUAUAUUCUCUGGCCAUUGGUCAGUCGCAUUACUGCACUCUGUUGAAGAUGUAAUCACCAUUACUGUGUUCUGUUUAGGAUGAAAAUUACUCAGGGUUAGAUACCGUUUUUGACUGAGGGUGAACUCCAUGUUACCACGUAGCAAAUGUCUGCCAGUUGUGCUCCUCUUAGUGCCAACCAACAGUCUAACCUGUGUUUAGGCAACAGACCCCGCCUAUGGUGCUCCCCAAACCACAAAAAAAAACAGCUGGUCUUUAACCAGUCACUUUCACAUAGCUGUUGCGAGGACACAGGACUGGCCUGGGCACAUUGUCAUCUGCUGUUAAAGCUGUUGAAGCUGCUUUAUGUCCAUAUCCAAGUUAGCUGAUCCAACUCUGGACUCCGGUUCGCUGUGAGAUGGCAGUCUGCUUUCAGUGGCCUCGUGUGUGCAUCUGCCUGUGUCCUCGUUCUUCCAUCUUCCCUUUCGCUUUUGAACGCAUCUGUCAUUACUACUUCCCUUUUCUCUGGAAGAAGUACUAAGGGCAUGGACUCUCCCUCGUGACGUGCUGCUGAGCAGCCGAUCGUCUAGAUAGGGAAGUGCACACAGACCCCCGGCAUUGCACUCCUACACAUUUCGUAAAUACCCCGGAUGCUAAGGCUAACCCGAAGGGAAGGAUUCCGAAUUGCUACGUCACUUUGCAUACGUGGAUGUGGAGAAUUCUUCAGAAUUCCACAGCUGUUAGAAAGUGGAAUUAUGCAAAUCACCACUGGCAUCACUUCAUUUAGGGUUCUCUAAUCUAGAAUAGGGUAGAUUCCACCACCUUUUGUUGGUGACUGUGCAGAUUUGGCCCAACAAUUUUAUGCAUUUUUUUUUUUU